ACAAGUCAGCUGCUGGGAAGCUGUUUAUCCUGGAAUUAGCUUGAUGGCUAACGUCGCUUAGGUUGUCCGGGAGCUGCGGGGCUGUUUCUGGAGACAGUUUAGAGGCUGUUAUUUGGAGACUGGAGGCCCGAGACGGACUGUGAAGAUGAAGUCUGUGCUGGUCGUCGAGGUUCUGUCUUUGUUUGGGUUUGUGCUGCUGAGCCAAGUGACAGCGAAGAAUUCUGAAGACAUCCGCUGUAAAUGCAUCUGUCCGCCCUACAGAGACAUCGAGGGACAAAUCUACAAACAGAAUGUUUCUCUCAAAGACUGCAACUGCCUCCAUGUGGUUGAACCUAUGCCGGUGGACGGGAAAGACGUGGAGGCGUACUGUCUGCGCUGCGAGUGUAAAUAUGAGGAGAGGAGCUCAGGCACCAUUAAGGUCACCAUCAUAAUGUACCUGUCCAUUCUGGGCCUGCUGCUGCUCUACAUGGUCUACCUGACGCUGCUGGAGCCCAUGUUGAAGAGGCGCCUGUUUGGACACUCGCAGCUUAUCCAAAGCGAUGACGACGUCGGGGAUCAGCAGCCUUUCGCCAACGCUCACAACGUUCUGUCUCGUUCGCACUCUCGACCCAACAUGCUGAACAAAGUGGAACACGCCCAGCAGCGCUGGAGGAGGCAGGUUCAGGAGCAGAGGAAGUCUGUGUUCGACCGCCAUGUUGUUCUCAGUUAAGAUCCCCUUUGAGUUUUGGGUGGAGCAAAAAAAACAAAAAAAAAAACAAACAAAAAAACACUGUGACAAAACCCUCAAUUUCUAUCGUUUCUUUCCUGUCAUUUGUGGUUUAAAUCUCAUCGAGUGUGGUGCGUCUGAGGGGAACGUGGUUAAGAAGUUUGGAUCUGUAGAGCAAAGGUUCCUGGCAGAAGCACAAUCAGAGCUGGGAACUCGUAUUUAGUCUGCAGGCAGCACAAGAGAUUACAGAGAACGCUAUUUUGCACCGUCUUGAGUGAACGGGCUUACAGGGCUUUUCCAAAAGCGGCGUUCACUCUUCGACUAAUAAAUGAAAGAUGCAGUCCCAUCAGUCUAAAGAUGUCCAGGCUUCUAGUUCUACAAGCCACACUGGGUUCAGGGUGAGAUGUCAGGUGUUGGUCGGCUGCAAUAAUCAUCUGUUCUUAUUGCAUUAAUCUGGUUUUCCUCCCUCUAAACGUGAACCAGACGGUAACUACUGCUCUCACCACAGGAGAAAAGAACUAAACUCUAAAUCCCUCAGCCUUCUUUGAAAAUGCAUGUUUUAUAAUACAUCUUUUAUAAAUGUGUUUUCAAUCCUUCAUUCCUUCAUGAUGUUCAGUGUCUAACGACGGAGAUCCAUCACGUUAUGCAUUACAUUAAGUUUGAUAUUUAAGAGUAGUUUCACAGAACCUCGUUGCAGAAAUCGAUGCAAUGUUCUUGGUGAUGUAAACAUAGCUGUGCUAUUGAUCCUCAUCUGUUCAUAACCCUGUUGGAAUCAGUGCCCUGUUCUACUGCCUAACUAAUGUCAUGUAUAGUGUUUCAUUUUGGCACUUUUUGUGCUCGGUCUGACGUCAGCUCCAUCAUCAGAGUCCCUGUUGUCCAGCAGGCCGCGGCUGUGUGGCAGAGUGCUGUUGUUCUGAGUUUGAAGGAGGACAGCGCGCUGCUGGGAGACCUACGGAAGUGUUCUUAACUAUUGUAUAUGUGAUAACUCUAACUUUGAAAUAAAUCUAUGUAAUAUUUGUGA